AUGACCGACGAGUUGUCUAACGCCGCGGGAGGCGGCGCCGUGCCGCCGGAGCAGGGUCUCAAGUGCCCCCGCUGUGACUCCCCCAACACCAAGUUCUGCUACUACAACAACUACAGCCUCUCCCAGCCGCGCCACUACUGCAAGACCUGCCGCCGCUACUGGACCAAGGGCGGCGCCCUCCGCAACGUCCCCGUGGGAGGCGGCUGCCGCAAGAACAAGCGCUCGUCCAGGAGGUUUCUCUUCUUCUACCUCUUCUCGCUUCGUAGGCGCCGCCGGCCAUGGGAUUGCGAGCAGCAGCAUCGCCUCGUCGAUCGAGUCGUUGAGCUCCAUCAACCAAGACCUUCAUUGGAGGCUGCAGAGGCAGAGGCUCGCCGUGUUUUUCAAGGACGCGACGUCGUCUUCGGCGCUUUCGACUCCGGCGCCGUUGGGCGCCAUGUCGUCUCUCGACGACGAGGUUUUGGAGCUGGGGAACAGUUCGACGGCCGCCAAGGUCUGCGGCAGCGCCGGCACUGCGGCGUGGCUCGUGGAGCCUUCCAAUUAUGCCAUGGCCAUGCCCGCUACCACCGCAGCCGCCACAUCAGCCCACGACGGCGACGGCAGCAACGGUGGGAUUUGGGGAGGAAGUCCGUGGCCGGCAUGGAGCGUCGACAUGCCGCAAUUUGGCACGCUACCUUAGAGGAUUAUCUAAUCCAGGUAAUUAAGCUGGGGAUCCAGUGCUGAUUGAAGUGUGUGGAUCGAGAGGACAAUAAUUCUAAUUAAUCUCUAACACGGCUGGGUUGGCUAAUUGUUCAUUCUUCAAUUUCUCCUCCAUAAUCUUCAACUGAUUUGUAAUGAUGACUAUUGAUGAGUGUUUAAUUAACUUGAUGAG